CUGCUCAUGCUGUUUAAGGGCUUUUUACAAUAUGCAUGGCAGCUUCCGUUAGGGCAGAGGAUCUCAGACUUAUUUUCAUCGCUGGCCACCUCGUAUGAUUGGCCUUAGGGUAACCGUUGUAACAGUAAACAACACAUCACUAUUCGAUGUAAAAUUUAAAAUGCAAUGGAGAAGUUUGUGCGUAAACAAUCAUGCCCGGAUGACACCGAAACAACAACUCCUUCGAAGAAGCUUAAGCCAGAGGAAAUUGAAGGGAAGGAAGAGGCGGUGGAUGCUGAGGAAGAUGACUUCUCUGAUCCGAUUCCCUGGCAAAAAAUAGAGUCAGAAGGUCUGGACUGUGACUAUGCUUUGCUCUUUACCAAGCAUGAAGCUGACCACCUUUUCCAAAAGUUGGAGAAGGAGGUGGUCUAUUCAACAGGGGAAGAAGCAAAAGUGCAAGUGUUUGGAAAGGUGUACGGUAUACCGAGGAAACAGGCGACAUAUGGAGAUACAGGAUUAAUUUAUACUUAUUCUGGAGUGCCACGUUUAGCUUGCCAAUGGACUCCCACCUUGAAAUAUAUUCGGGAUUCUGUCACCAAAGUAACAGGACAUACAUUCAAUUUUGUCCUGAUCAACAGGUACGAAGAUGGGCACGAUCACAUUGGUGAGCAUCGGGAUGACGAGAGGGAGCUCGACCCUCUGUCUCCCAUUGCCUCAGUCUCACUCGGCGCCGUUCGAGAUUUCGUUUUCCGCCACAGAGAUGCUCGAGGUAAACAAAGCAGUCGGCGCAUCGAGCCUGUCAAGCUGGUGUUGGCUCACGGAAGCCUGCUCCUCAUGAACUCGCCCACCAACACUUUCUGGUAUCACAGCCUUCCUGUGCGAAAGAAAGUCCUCCUACCUCGCAUUAACCUCACAUUUAGACGCAUCAUGUCCACUGGUAAAUAAUAAACACCAUCACCAGAUCCUUGACUUCUACUGUCAUUACCAAUUUCAGCUGUGGAUGAUGCACACAGAAAGAAUCGUUAGUAUCCUUCCGUGGUUGUAUGGAAAAAGAUUUAUACAUUGAUUUGCCUCAACACUGUAAUUUUUUUUUUUUUUUUUUUUUUUUUUUUGCUACUGCGUGUUUGUUAUUGAGGAAAAAAUGAAAGUGAUUGGGGAGGGGGAAAAAAUACCUUAAUAUACCGUACUGCACUUGAGAUUUCAUUGCACAUUGCAGAUUCAAGCUUUCUUGUCUUGUAUGCCGCAGCGCACCCCAAAACCUAGCCAAGCCUCCCCCAUGUUUCAUACAAGGUAAUGUACAGUGUCCUUGUCGAGAGGUGAGCAAAUCUCACUGAGUUCCAUAACUAUUUGGAUUGAAGUGAUUGUCUCAAAGGUUCAUCCAACAAAAUCUUGAAAAGGU